AAAAGUCUGACGUUCAUGUUUGUUGGGUUGGAAUGGGAAUGAUUACUGAUUAUGGAAGAGUAGUAAAACUAUUUUUAGAUUAAUUGUAGUUCUUGACAUUUACUCCUACCAUUUUCAAAAGUUUGAUCCAAGUUAAUACAAAUUUAUUGAUUACUGUUUGAGAAAGUGCUUUGAAAGCAAUGGAGUUUAGAUUUAACGUGAAUGACAUUUUUAAAAGUACCAUUUCUAAAAUCAAUCAUGCGCUAUUGCCUUCAGAUUUUUCAGGAGACAGGAGGAAUGCCUCGCACAGUGCAGCCCUCGUUGCUGACAUCAUAGAUGCCAUGGGCUAUGCUUCAGCUAAAGCUCAGGACCUACAACACCCGAUCACAAGUGCGGACAAGCUGAGAAACAUCGAUCACACCGUGUAUCUCAUGAUCGAGCCUGGGGAUAAUGAUGGUAAAGGGAGUGUUGUUGGACUAUUGAAGAUUGGCGUAAAGAAUUUAUUUCUGUUUGAUGAAACUGGAAUGGUACAUGAGAUGAAAAGUCUAUGCAUCCUUGAUUUUUAUGUCCAUGAAUCAAAGCAAAGAAGUGGGUAUGGAAAGAAGCUCUACGAUUAUAUGCUGCAUGAUAAAGAUAUUAGCCCAUGCAAGUUGGCAAUUGACAGACCUUCAGAAAAUUUCCUGUCCUUCCUCUACAAACACUAUGGGCUAGCAAAAAUUUAUCCUCAGACCAACAAUUUUGUGUUGUUUGAAGGUUUUUUCGGUAACAAUACAGCUUCAACUGUGUCCAAGAAGUCAUACAGUAGCCAGAAUACUCCAAGUCACAAUGAAAAGAAUGGUCAUGACUGCUUUGACAACUCUUCUGUAACAAGUACAACAUACAGUCCAAAUUCAUAUGGCAGACACAACGCUGUGAAGCCCAAUGAUACCAUGGGCAAGAUAAUUGGGCAAGGACUGCCUAGUACGACCCAAUCGCCGACAAGGAGUGGAUUCUAGGUUGGCUCUCCCCGGUCCAGCUCGGUCGGCAGUUCCACGUGUCGAUGUCGAGUCACACUGCUCUCUGGUAGACUAACGGAUUUAUUCUGUCCUGCUUUAUUUAUUUUACCGAUUGUGUUAAUAGUGUGUAAAUAAUAGCGUUUGUAAUGGUCUUGUUCACUGAACUGGGGCUGUUUUGUAGGGUGUCUAGGGGUAUGUCACAAUUUUUAUCUAAUGAUAUCACUAUGAACAGGAGGUUUUGGUACUCUGUAAGUCACAAAGUGCAUUAUAUAAGUAUUAGCACAAUAUAAAAUGGAGUUUGAUAUAUGUUUUAAGGUGUUUAAUACUAUUGUUGUGUAUGAUAUUUUCAAUAACUUGACUCGGACUUAGAUCAUGUGAACGCUCUACCACUGUUUAGGUUUCUCAAUUUAACAAACUAAGUAAGAAUUCAUUUUUCAAUUUCUAUGUAUUAAAAAUAUAUUUAUUAACAAACUAAAUAAGUAAUGGAGUACCUUAUAUACCUUGUAUUGUGGGCAUUACUAAUCAUUUCGGUUCAGCCAAUGUUUAAUAAUUGAUAGAAAAGUUGUGGAGUUAUGGUCAACUAAAAGCCGAACUAAACUUGACAGUGUUAUUUGUUUAACAGUAUUAUUGUUAAGUUUUUAGAUGGAUUAAAUUUUUUUCAAAAAUGUACAAGAAUAUUGAUUUUAUGAAGUUUUAAUUUUUUAUUUAAUCUAUUCCUAGAAUAGAUAGAAUACUGGUAUACGACAAAUUAAUUAUGUUAUCAUGUAUUUCAUUUUAUUAUAAGUUCUACUGGAGAUAGGUUUUUACAAAUUAUGUUCACAGUGUGUUAUACAACUGUUAUUUUUAUAUUGUUUUCCUACUGAAUUUUUUGUAUGGUUUGAUUUUAUUUUAUUAGCCAUUAAAUGGUUUGCACUUUUAUAAGACAUUUUUUAUUUCAAUAAUUAAUAACAUAUCCCAACAAAAGUUAAAAAAAGUGUGUGUAGGGCUUAAUACUUUAAAAAAUGUUAACUGCACAGAUUUUAAGAUUUUAUUACAUCUAUUGUUACCAGAUUGGAUCGUAGUCAAUCGUGUAUUGUUGUUAUUUGCUAUUAAAAAACACACAAAGUAUUUAAAUUUUUAUGUGAUUAAAUAGAAUUCACACAAACAUAAGAUAUUGUAUCCAUGAAGAACUUACCUCUUAUAAUUUAAAAAAUACUUUGUCAGUCCAAAAAACCAUAAUGCGAGUUUGUGUUAAAAAUCAAUUUUGAUGACAGACUUUAAAAUACAUGGUAUCAAUUUUUAUAAUUUAUACAUCUAAAAGACCUGUGGUGAUAUCAUUAAAACUAUUUGGACUUGAAAUAAGUUUAUGGAACCUACCCAUAAUGUCCCAUCAUAAACUUAAUCUUUGAAGAUUACUUCAUGAAGAAGACAACCUCUACCAACUCACUGUAAAAUUCUCAAUUUCAUUGUUUGACUUUUCCUGUGGGGUCAAAUUUCCAUGGAUAAAAUGUUAAAUUUUUGCCUGUUGUUGCUAGGAGGGCUAUCCAGAAAGUAUAUUCAUGAAUGGUAUAUGCAUACAUAAUAUAUUCAUAUUGUGUAAUUUUAUCUAUUAGUGCUCUUUUGAAAUUUGAAUGAUCCAACUUCCACUCUAUAAGUGUAUCUUUUGUUGGUUGGUCUAUUUAAUUUUGUUGUUGGGUAUAUUAUUAUCAAAGUAAAACUCUUUAUGUAGAACCGUACUUUAUUAUUUACCUUAAAAAUAAUCUUGAUUUUCUCUGUGAUAAGUUCCUUCCAAGGAAAGGAUAUGAUUACAAGUAUGUAUUUGUUUGCAAUAUUUAACCAUCUUAGUCGUUCGUUGUAGUUAAUAGAUCGAUAACUGAUAUUUACUAUAAUAUCCACUAUAGAUUGUAGACUAAUUCUACUUAAGACUAAUCUAUUAAUUUUAAAUAUGGUUCUUCUAUACUAAUAGUUUUAGCUUAGUUAUGGCAAUGUGAGUUUUAUAUGUUGUUGAGAAGAUUAGUACUGCCUCUUGCACCCAAAUUACUUACACUUAUAUUCCUGCGUUGUUUAUCUUUAAAGAUUCUAGUGUUACUGUCAGUUUCUGAAUAGUUGUUGAUGCUCUGUUGAUUCAAAUAUCUGUUAAUUUUGUAAAUGUUGAUGUCACUGACUUGUUGAUUUAAACUUAAUAUUUAAAUUAACUGAUUUUUAAUUGUUGAAUUUGUUAACUCUAUGUUUUGUUGUGCUAUAACAAAACCAGUUAGGUUGUCAGUUGAGAAAUGCUUUGUUAGUUGUUACAUUAAUAUUUUUACAGAAUGAUAUUAACUAUUCCAAUGUUACAUGUGUCUUUAUAUUAAUUUGCUAUAUUUGUAGUAUGCUAUUUGUUGAAACAUAACUUGUGCGUAACUUAAUUCACUUUGAAAUUUGAAUCUCUUUAUUAUUGAAGUUAUGACCAAAAUAUUUCAAACAGUUCAAAGAUUUAUUUAAAUUAUUUUGAUAUCUUGUACCAUAUUAUUACUAUUUAAUUACAUCACAAAUUUAAAUUUUCAUUCAAAGUAACUUUACAAUAUUAAAAAUAAAACUUAUCGUUAAUAAUGUAAAAAUCACAUAAUUAUUUUAUUUUUAAUUUUGGAAUUACGUCAAUUGUUUGUAAUUUUCAAAAGUAAAAUAUUUCUAAUUUCUUGUUUAAUAACAGGUCAAGCCCGGUGAUACCUUGUUAGCAUUAUGCGUAAUACACGACACAAAUUUGACAUUAAUUUGUAUAUGUCAAACAUUUUACUAUUUAAUAUUGUAUCUUACUGCUUUUAAAAAUUAUAUUGCUGUUUAGAUGUCUUA